AUGGCCGGGAAUGGUACCAGAGUGGUUGAAUUUGUUCUGACAGGGUUCCAGCUGCAGGCCGCCCAGCAGACGGGUCUCUUCAUUGUGUUCCUGGCCUUUUACCUCGUAAUCCUUGCGGGCAACCUGGGCAUGGUCAUGCUGAUCCAGAGGGACCCCGGGUUGCACACGCCCAUGUACUUCUUCCUCAGCCACCUCUCCUUCCUGGACAGUUGCUACUCUUCUGUUAUUGUCCCUCAGUUGCUUGAGACCUUGGGGACCCAUAGGAUGGUCAUCACCUAUGAGCGCUGUGCUGCCCAGUUCUUUUUCUUCACACUCUAUGCGAGCACUGAAUGUUUCCUUUUGGCUGUGAUGGCCUAUGACCGCUACGUGGCCGUGUGUAAUCCCCUCCUGUACACCAUGGUCAUGACACCUCGGACCCGCCUGGGGCUGGUGGCCGCUGCGUAUGCUGGGGCCAUGGUGAAUUCAGUGGUCCGCACAGGGUGCACCUUCUCCAUCUCCUUCUGUAAGUCCAACUGCAUCGAUUUCUUCUUUUGUGACCUCCCGCCCCUCCUGAAACUUGCCUGCAGUGACACUCGAUGGCAGGAGCAGGUGAUCUUCCUGAUGGCAUUUGUGGUCAUCAUGACCAGCGCCUCGGUGAUCCUUACAUCUUAUCUUUUCAUCAUUCGAGCCAUUCUGAAGAUUCGGUCCGCAGGCGGCCGGGCCAAGACUUUCUCCACCUGUGCUUCCCACAUGACUGCAGUGGCUCUUUUCUUUGGAACUCUCAUCUUCAUGUAUCUGAAAGGGAACAUGGGAAAAUCCCUCUGGGAGGACAAGAUCGUGUCAGUGUUUUACACCGUGGUCAUCCCCAUGCUAAACCCAGUGAUCUAUAGCCUGAGAAACAAGGAAGUGAAGGAGGCUUUGAGGAAAGUUCUCAGAAGAAUGAAGGUUUCCUUAGCAGAGUAA